AUGGUCGUAAGUGACAAAAAAUUCAAUGAAGUGAUGACUCAUAAUAAGAUGCUUGAAAACCAAAUUUCUCAACUUGCUAAUUCUUUGAAAGACCAUGCUAGUCCUUCUUCUUUACUUUCCCAAGGCUUAUAUCCCAAGAGACCCGUGAAUUCUAUUGUUACAAGGAGUGGUAAGGUUCUUGAGGAGAGUGUGCCUAGGAAGAGUGGGACUAAGGAGGGUCCUAAGGAGGUCUUAGUUGAGAAAGAGAGAAAUGGUGCAUCUUUAAGUGAGGUUGUGAUUGAGACACCUAGAGAGGUGAGAGUGGAGAAAGAUAUUGUGAAACCCAAGAUUCCAUAUAAACAAAAAUUCAUGAGACAUAAGUUGGAUGAACAAUCUGGAAGAUUUAUUGACAUGCUUAAGCAACUUCAUCUUUCUAUACCUUUUACCGAAGUUGUUACCCAAAUGCCCAAUUAUGCAAAAUUCCUCAAAGACAUUUUGAGUGGUAGGAGGUCUUGUGAUGUAGUGGAGACGGUCAACUUAACCGAGAAUUGUAGUGCAAUCAUAAUGAAUAAGAUGCCACCCAAGUUGAAAGAUCCUGGAAACUUCUCUAUCCCUUGUGCCAUAAACAAGAUGCAAAUUGAUAAUGCCUUAUGUGACUUACGAGCUAGUGUUAGCUUAAUGCCAUAUUCGGUUUAUCAAAGACUUGAGUUAGGAAAACUUAUGCCUUUUAAGAUUACCUUGCAAUUGGCCAAUAGGUCAAUUAAGUUUCCCAAGGGGAAGGUUGAGGAUGUUCCUUUGAGAGUAGGGAAACCUUUUCUUGCUACCUCGGGUGCUAUGAUUGAUGUUAAGAGUGCAAAGAUUUCCCUCAAGGUAGGAGAAGAGGUUAUUGAAUUUGACUUGAAUGAGAGCAAGAAAUAUCCAUGUUCAUCAUUAGAAAAUUGCGUGUUGAUCGAUUCUCUUGAUCUUGUUGUAUCUUCCAUGCAUGAGCAUUUGCUCACUUCUAAUGAUCCACUUGAGAAUGUUUUGUUGAAUAAGGAUAAGGUAGGUGCUCCUAUCAAGGAACUGACAAUGUAUGAGGAUUUGCUUAAUGGAAGCAUUGAGGAAAUAGAUGAGCAUAUAUGCAUAAAUAUCUCAAGCCAAGAAGCUUUGUAA